GAUUGGAACACCUGAAUCACAUGAUUUGGAGGGGAUUGGAACACCUGAAUCACAUGAUAUGGAGGGGAUUGGAGCACCUGAAUCACAUGAUAUGGAGGGGAUUUGAACACCCGAAUCACAUGAUAUGGAGGGGAUUGGAGCACCUGAAUCACAUGAUAUGGAGGGGAUUGGAACACCCGAAUCACAUGAUAUGGAGGGGAUUGGAACACCCACAUCACAUGAUAUGGAGGGGAUUGGAGCACCUGAAUCACAUGAUAUGGAGGGGAUUGGAACACCUG